CUAACUGUUUAAUAUCCAUGUCAUUUAUUUGAUUUAAAGGAAAGAAUCCCUCUCUGCCCAUCCUUCCUUCCCCCCUCCCCAUCUUAUUCCUAAUUUCUUCAGAAGCUCUUCAAAAAAAAAAAAACCCAGGACUAAAUGCUAAAGGCGGCAAUGAUGACAACGUGGAUAUUCCUGCUUGUUCUGUUUGGAGCUUCUGUCUCAACUGCAAAGUAUUACAGAUUCCUGGCUGACACUCCUCUCCCACUGGACAUGGCUCCGAACUCUGUCGAUGACAUGUACGAAGGCUGCGCAAACAACAUGGCGACCAAAGUAAAGACCGAGUUCUUGGUCAGCGAGAAAAAGAUGAGCAAAAAUUUUAGCCUGGCUUGGGAUGAAGCGGAGAAACAGUAUAAUAAGAAAUGGAAGCCCAAGCCUGGGAAGAAAAGAUCCCGAGUCCUGGAGAAAGAACAGAACAUGGCCGUCUAUGCUUACACUCUGGACAAACCAGAGGUAUUCACUGAAUUCAACAGUGCGGUGCGAACGCAGGGGCCUCAGUACACGAGCACGUUUCAGUAUCACUCAUUGCACUUCUUCCUGACGGGCGCUGUCAGAGCUCUCAACGCUCAUAAGCCAAAGACAGAAAGAUGCCUUACCGGUUACCGGAGAGUCAACAGAAAAUUCAAGCUGGGCAUUCUCGGCAAAGAAAUCCGCUUUGACACUUUCACCUCCAGCUCGAUGGGGAAGUAUCCCCGCAAAGAAAAAUUUGGCUAUGAGACCUGUUUUGAGAUUUACACCUGCUUAGGAGCAGACAUCUCACUGUACUCCAAGUUUGGAGAAUCAGAAAGAGAAGUCCUGGUUCCUCCAUAUGAAAUCUUUAAAGUUACAGGCAUAAAGCAGAGAUCUGAGGAGAAGGACCUUCCAUGUAAAAUCGUGUUGAAACUGAAGAGCACAGAAAAGACUCUGUCCAACCUAAACUGUGCGUUUUUCACGGAUAAUUGAUCCAAAUAAAUCUUUAAAAAUAAUUUCCAAUUUUAGCAGCACAUAAGAGCAGAUUAGAUUUAUUUUGAGAUGGAUUGUCUUCUUCUUUUUAUUAUUAUUAAUCAAAAAACAUUUUUUUAAAUUCAGAUAAAAGAUAAUACAUGCAUAGUUUCACCAUUGUAAACAUAAAGACCAUUUAAUGAAAUCAGGCCAAACAUAGCUUUAGAUGUAUUUUUGCUUUUAACUGAUGUUUAAAAAUGUAAAAAAAAAAAAGAAAAGAAACUAUGCCAAAUGAGCACAUUUGAUUGUAAACUUAAAAGUAUCUGUAUACAUCUACUAUUCUUCACAUCCUCUUGUAAAAUGACUCAUUGUAUCAUUUGGCACAAAUAAAUCUGGUUGUGUCUGACUG